GCCCAUGAUCAUACACUCUAAAGUUCAAGGUUCAAAUUCUCUUUCGUUUUUUCCAAUUCAACUUUCCGGCUCUCCUCUACUAUACCUUCCCUAGAUUUCUCCCGUACAGUUCAGCUUAUCACUCUGAACUAGAGAGAGAGAGAGAGAGAGAGAGAGAGAGAGAGAGAGAGAGAUAUGGUCGUGCCGUCUCCGAGCCCGAUUUGGACCAAGAAAACCCGGGCGGUCGGGAUCCCGGCCAUCGACCUCUCCCUCGGCCGGCCCGAGCUGUCCGAGUUGAUCCUGAGGGCCAGCGAGGAAUACGGCUUCUUCAAGGUCACGAACCACGGCGUGCCGAAGAGGGCGGUCUCGAGGCUGGAGGAGGAAGCAGUCGAGUUCUUCGCGAAGCCCGUGUCGGAGAAGCAGCGGGCGGGGCCGGCGGUGCCGUUCGGAUACGGAUGCAAGAACAUCGGGCCCAAUGGCGACACGGGCGAGCUCGAGUAUCUCCUCCUCCAUUCGGAUCCUAUCUCCAUUGUCGAGAGAUCCAAAACCAUUUGCAGCGACCCGAGCGAUUUCAGUUCUGUCGUGAAUGACUACAUAGCUACGGUUCGCGAGCUGACGUGCGAGAUACUGGACCUGCUGGCGGAAGGACUCUGGCUCUCGGAUAAGUACGCCCUCAGCAGCCUCAUCAGAGACCGGCAGAGCGACUCCCUCCUCCGAAUCAACCACUACCCUCCGGCCAAGGACGUCAAGAACAGCGGCUGGGACCUCUCGUCGAGGCUCGACCAGCACUCGUGCGGCGGCGGCAACGGCCGGGUCGGGUUCGGGGAGCACUCCGACCCCCAGAUCCUGACCCUCCUGUGGUCCAACGACGUGGAAGGCCUCCAGAUAUGCCUGCACGACGGCCUGUGGAUCCCCGUCCCUCCCGACCCCAGCGCGUUCUACGUUAUGGUCGGCGACGUGCUUCAGGCACUGACAAACGGGAAAUUGAGGAGCGUGAGGCAUCGAGCAAUGGCAAACUCCCCAAAGCCGAGGAUGUCGAUGGUGUAUUUCGGAGCCCCACCACUGAACGCAUGGAUCUCGCCUCUGCCCGAGCUGGUCGCCCCACAAGCCCCCACUCUCUACAGGCCCUUCACUUGGGGCGAGUACAAGAAGGCCAUGUACUCGCUCCGGCUCAGCGAUUCUCGCCUCGACCUCUUCAAGAUACAAACCAGCAACAAGAUCGCUUCGUGAUCACAUCAUUAGCCACCAUAAGUUAAAACUCGGUCAACCACAAAGAGAGUCCUCAGCUGCAGAUCAUUAUUACGGAAGGGAAAAAGAAAGAUGAGUGAUAGAUAGUGAGAGAGGUGUACAUCGGCUAGAGAUUUAGUUGAAGGGUGUUUCUUUAUUAUUUUCUUGGGUAGGAUUGAUAGGUUUGUUUUUCUCUUUUCUUUUUUUCAUGUUAUCAUAGUUUGAAGUGUAUUUUUUUUGGGGGGGUGUCGGCUUUGUUAAAGUUUAGCCUGAUGAGAACGUUGAAUUGUUUUUGUACUUAAUCACUAUAUAUAGUAUUGACAUGCCGAAUUAGC